AUGGCCUUCAGUAUCUUCCGGAAACAGUCGCUCGAGCAGAAACGGAUAUCGACUAUCAUCGUCACCGUACCCUUCCUUGUCGCCACCUCCGUCAUCCUCUACCGCCGCCUCUUCCUCGGCGAGGAACAGAAACGGAUGCCUCGACCUGGACAACCCGGGGCGAAUAUGCCGAUGUUGAGUGGAGGAGUCGGCGAGGGAGAGAAGAAAGGAGAGUUUGGAGCGAUGCCGGAGGAGUUGCAGAGAAGGAUUCGGGAGGAGGAGAAGCGAUCGGGGCGGAUUUAG